AUGUUUAUGGGUGAGCAGAGCUUGUCGGUCAAUCCUAUACUAUACCGAACCUUUUACCUGCUUACUCCGCCCUCUGAACUCCCGUCUUUACCAUCUUCUCUUGCGAAGAAACCUGGCGAUGCCGAUCUUAAUGACAACAGCACCCCACCACGUCCCUCCUACAUCCCCAUUCACCUAUACACUAUCCUGCAGAUCGUCAUCACAGUGGCUAUCUUCAUCGUCACCCUGACACGAGGUGCUCCUGCCUUUCCCGUUAUAAUCGUUGCUCUUGUUCCUUUUCGCCUACUAGUACUGAAAAACUGGUGGCCGCGCGAGGUCCUCCGCUUCGUCGAUGCAUGGGCCUGCCGAGAAGGUACUCCUGAGGAUGAUGAGGAUGCGGAAGCAAAGAAGGAUGAGCUUAGCGGCGAUGAUAUCACCGGUCGUGCCGGCCAGGGCACCGAAGCAGGUGGUAUCUUUUCCUCGCAGGUAGGUGAGUUCGGAAGUAUGCCACCUGGUUCGCAUUCCGGGACGCCAGCUGUGGUAUCUAGAUCCGCAUCUCAUCCUGGUGUAGUUGAUAUUGCGGAUAGGAGUGACUCUGGGCAGGAGUGGGUGGAGCUGGAGUAUCGAACGCGACAAGACGAGGAAUUAGGUCGGUCGAUCAAGGGUUGUUGA